UUUGGUGUACAUUCAUCUCCUUAACAAGCCUAUACAUUAACUGGGGAAUAAGUAUUGCGGGUUUACCUUGCACGUUUUGUUCUUAGUAACGAAAGUUCAGUUUUCAGUUUUGUUGGUGAGUGGGGCGGGAUCUCUGGACUGUAGGGCUCAUGAAUCGCGGUUGCACCUGAGUAGGCUCAAGGGGAGGUAUUAUUUAUCUCUGCCUCACCCAUGCACAGCUGGGUGCGCCGUGCUUACGUGCUGUAGAACAGCGAUCCACGAAGAAAACCCUUGUUAAUAAAUUAUGCUUUAAAAAACACCACAAAUGAAUGGCAUGAAGGCUGCGCUUAAUCAUAACGAGUUAUAAUAAAGGUCUGUAGCCUCUUGCCUCUUAAGUCGGAAGUGACUUUUUCAGUCCUUUUCUCACCAUGGAGGGCAAAGAAGAAACCAGUGACACAGACAGUGGGAUCAUUCUGCAAUCUGGCCCAGAUAGCCCAUUGUCCCCGAUGAAAGACUUGACUGCUAUCACUAAAGCAGUAAAGCUGCGGCAAGUAGCACUAGAAGAGAAGCUAAAAGCAUGCUUAAUGGAGCUAAAGAAUUUGUGUGUGCGAGAGGCUGAGUUAACUGGAAAACUUCCCAAGGACUUUCCACUAGAACCAGGAGAAAAGCCACCAACCAUCAGGCGUAGAAUAGGUGCAGCUUUUAAACUGGAUGAGCACAGCAUUAAACGUGGAGGAGAGGAUCCUGUACUAAGCUCUUUGGAAGCUGACCUUGCUCUGCAGCGUCAGAUUUAUGAAGCUGCCCGGCGACUGUCCCUGGAGGAGAAUAUAAGCAAACAGAUUAAAAAGAAUCGAAUUAACCAAUGUAAAAGAGAAGAUAAAAAGUUAAAGGACCUGCAGCAGGCUGUGAAUGAGUAUCGACUGAAAGAGGGCUGUACACCACUUCUUAUGGCAGACAAGCUUUCUGAAGGUACUAAUAUAUCUGAUGACAGCUCUUUGUCAGAUGUGGCCAUUCUUGAGGAAGAUGAAGGGCAUCCAUCUAGUCACAUUCCUGGUUCCAGAAACAAUUCUCCUAUGCGUCCAGUACCUCGCUACAGCUCACCAGUUCCCACUCCACAUCCCCCUCAGACACUUGAAGGGCUCAAACAGGGUUUAUACUUUCCUUCACAGUACGAGCGUGCCCCCAUCCAGAACACUGCCUGGCAUGAGUCCAGCCUUGACCAGCCCUACCAGAAGACAAAGAAGGCUUCAUCAUCUACAGCGAGCAGUCAGACCAGCAGUCCUUGUUUGACUCCAGUGCUUACACCAGUGGAAGGCCAGCAUGAACUAUCAGUUGCACUUCCCUUGACUCCUUUCAAGAACUUGUCCCUGCAGCAGAUCGGCUCAACGAGUGCACCCUCCACUCCAGAACUGCAAGGUCGCAGGGGACACAGCCAGUCAAUGCGGCUGACCAAUGCUGAUCAUUCACAAGAUUCUCCAGAGCUGAGAGGACGUAGCCGAUUGCCUAGGAGGCGCCCCACAAAUUACACUGUAACUUCCCCAGAAUACUCCUCUCCACUGCCAAGAGUUACAAUGUCAAACCCUAUCUACUAUUCCAGCUCGGAGGAUAGCAAUUCUGAACACUCUGUUCCAUCAUACACUAGCUCUCCCUGCCGGGAAGCUUUGCCUGAAUUCUGCAAACCAUCUCCACCACCUUAUCCUGGACCCCCUGUACUGAACAACGGCCAAAAAGUACCAUUUUUUUACAGGAAUAGGCAGAAUCAGUCUUCUCCAAAUUUUCUUAGACCAUAUAACUAUGGGGAAGGCUGCUUACAUGCAUUUCAGGGUGACUGUGAUAAUUCAUUCCCCCAAGAACGACUGUACACAAAGGCCAGAACACCUUCACCAUCCUGGGAUCAGCAUUUAUAUGGUGAUGCUUAUUAUGAGGAAGAAAGGAUGCCACCGGGAAUGCCAAGGGCAAUUCCUACUCAUGUCAGACUGGGCCGAACUCCUUCUUUGCGGGAAUACCCUCAGAAUGGGGCUAGAGUUUUGGCUAGAGAUUUGGUAUCGGAAGAACUGAAAUCAUGGCAUGAGAGAUCAAGGUUCAGGAACAGGCGUCCCCACUCACUAGACCGUCAAGGCGCUAUUAAGCUAAGGAGUGCACCAGGACAUGAGUCUCCAUUAACCAGACGUCCAACGUACCAUUCUCAUCCGCAUCAGAUUCCACAGAGAUUAAUCUUGCACAGAGCCCCAGAUGGCACACCAAUCCAGUGGUAUGAGGAAGAAGACGCUGAAAUUGUCAGUCAGGUGUAGCAAAAGGUGGAUGUGGUGGAUUUCUCCCUGGGUCAUGUUGUCUGACAUCAUUCUGUAAAUUCAGUACUUUCAUUGUUUACUGUUUAGGUUGGAGAUCUCAAAUUAAAGGAAGAAACUUUUGCUAUCCUUAAUUUUCUUGAUCACCACAACUUGAAUAGAUGUUUGAGCAAAAAACUUUGCAAUAACAUGGAAUUGUAGCUAUUUGUGAUGGAGAUAACAGAUGAUGGUUCCAGCGUUGAUCAUUGCUUAGUGACACAUCAUACAGCACUUGAAGUACAGCUACAAGAACAACCUGGCAGGCCAGGCCAAAUCAUUAGGACAGUUUGGCACAUCUAAAGUGGGAAGAAAUGAUGUCUUUGUGGCUGUGCACUACACUUCUAAUUCUUCUUUUUGGGACGGUACAAAAAUGUAGUGGGGGUUGAGGGCAAAGUUAGAAAAUUGUAAUAGUAUGGCAGCAGUUAAAAUAGAAUUUACUGUACUUUGAGAGGGUAGAUCUGUUGGUGUUGUAUAUAACCCUGACAUAUGACAAAACCCAAGAAGAUUUUCAUUUAUUAUUAUUAAACUGAAAACUUCAGGAAGUAACAUUUUGUAGGUCAUGACAAACUGCUGUGUGUGGGUAAAAUUCACUCCAUUUACAGAUGUGUUUACCCACCCUGAGGCCAUGUAGGACAAAAGUAUGGCGUACGAUCAUUCCACUCACACCUUGGGAAGUGGGCGGGACUUGGGUUAGGGGGAAAAUCUUUGUCUCACUUAAUCCAAGUUGAAAACCAUGAAUGGAUCACUAACCUGUUUUCCCUCAUGCACAUAAAGUAUGCAUAUGUCUAUCAUCAUACUCUUGACAGAUUCCAAAUUUAUGUCUAGUAAUCCACUCAUUUUUUCCUUAAUUUUCUAAAUGUGAAAUAUUUUCCUUCAUUUGCCUUCCAUAUCCUAAAGGGACAUGUAUGUGUGACGGUGUCACAUCAUAGAUUGGCACUUUAUUCAUUUUUUGUCACUGCUUUCAUAUUUUGCUGCUAGGAUAGGCCACCAAUUUCUUAAUUCAAUUUCUUUUUUUACAAUUCAUUUCAUGUUAUAUUUGCCUUAAAGUGUUGCAGUACAAUAUGACAAAGUCAUAUAGUAGGAUUUAUUUUUUUUCCAGAUCAGUAUUUUCAGAUAUUGAGCAUUAAAAAUUCCCCUUGAUAUCCUGGUGGAAAUAUGAAACCUAUUCUUAGAUAUUUUAAUCUCUCUGUUUAACUAAAAUUGUUCAAUUAAGUUUAGUACUGGAAUUUAAUACUUUGCAGGAGACUUUGUAAAAUGUACAGUUUAACCCACAGUAGGUAUAUUUGACCUAAACUGCAAGAUUUUGCAUCUGUUUCUUUGUUAAUAUUUUAAUAGCAACAUACAUAUGAUAAACAACUGUUUUUAUGUAGGCGUUGAUGUAUAAGAAGGUAAUGCAUAAAUAACUUAAAAAGAAAUCAGCUGCCCUUAUGCAAAGUAUUUUUAUUUGCACUUACAACAUUCUACAAUAAAUAUACUAAAGUUAUUAAAUAAGCAAAGUAAGUGAUUGUAGGGAAGAGUAGCAGUAUCGUCUGGAUUGCUUUUUUAGUUUAGUUUACAUCCUUUUGCAAUAAUAUAUAAAGUCCAAAUUAACAAAAGACACAUUUGCUAUUUUGUGAGAAUGAAUAGAGAGGAAGUUUAAUUUAAAUCGAUCAUUUUCUUUUGAUUAGAAGUUUGGAUGGAAAUCAUAUCAGCUUGCAAUGUGAUUCUCCAUUUGCUUUGGAAUGCUUUUCCAGGCAAACAUGGGGCCGUAAACUAAUUCAGUUUAAAAUGGUUAUUUUAUAUUAAAAUCCAAUGACCUUAAGUGAAUUUCUGAACACCAAGUGUUGCUAGUAAAUUUAUUUUUAUAUUUAUUUUGUAAAAGGCAACCAUCUCUAAGAACUGAGUAGAUGUUUGUCACAUAACUGUAAUUUUUUACAUUUAGAUUUAAGAUAUAGAAUACUUUUUAGGUUUUUUUUUUUCAUGACAAGAAUCUAAAAGACCAAGAUUGAAAAGUAGAGAGUUAUUUUAUGCAGAAUUGCUUUACACGCUUUUAAAAUGUUUUGCUGGUACUUUCAUUGAAUUAACUCCUCAAAACUGAUUUUGAAAAUACUGCAGGUAAUCCAUGUCUAAAUACAUUUUCAUCUGAAUGCUCUGAGGUAAUACUGAUUUGAAUCCUAGGCAAAACUCAGUUGCACUGUGAAAUUACAUUUUCACAAUCCUUAACAUCCAAGCAACUGUGAUUUCUUGGUUCCUAUUUAACACUGUCCAGGAAGUUGUCUUACAUGUAUUGAAGUGACCUUAUGAUUCAUGUGCUGAUGUGCAGUAAUGAAUUUUAUUGUGUUUAUAGAGAUAUUAUAGUAGCACUGGUUCAUUUCUAUGUUUCUAUGGAAGAAAAGAAAAAAAAACUGUUUAAAAACUUGGAUUUUCAUUAUGUAGUCACAAUGCUGUUUUGUUUCCACAUUGUGUAAUAAUAUAUACUGUAGCUAUGGGAUAUCUACACCCAUCUGUCUAUUUAUUUAUUUAUUUACUUACUCAUUUUGGUCAUGAGUAACCCAAAUAUCACAAUGGUACAGCUCUUCGGAUAUUUCUGUAGCACGAGGACUGGCAGGCUGCAUAUUAGCUUUUUCAGCAUCCCCCACAGAACUGGUGGAUAGAAAUUAGCUCACAAUAUUGUGGUUUACAGCCUAAUGUCUAAAACACAUUUAAUAUGGUUUUAAAGGGUCAGGUGGUGUGGCCUAGUGAUUUCAAGAAAAGAAGAAUUGACUUGUUAGUUGCCCAGCCCAUUAAGGGGUGGCUCAACUCAUUACAAUAUGUUUCAAAGCCUUCCAAAUAACUAAGAACUACAGUAUGUUUUUUCCUCAUCAAAUGGAGAGAGCUCUAAGUAAAUAAAGCAAUAUUUAUUGUUUAAUAUAUCUGUUUGUUUGUGUCAUUUAUCCAUUCCAUAAAAUAACAGUAUGGAUGGAAUGAUUAUUCAUAAGCAGGUGUUCCAGAAUUUAAUAUUGAACUAUCAUUGUUUAAAGUUCAGUAUUUGUAAAGAGACAGCAAGGAAAGGAAACUCCUUUAUUAUUGAGUAAAGACUAAAAUGGCUAAACCUUAAAAACUGCUAGUAGUUUACAAAAGAGGAAAUGUGGUGUUGCAGCAUUAGUGCCGCUGUCUCUCGCUGGGAGGUCAGUGUCUUGGUAGAUUUCAUGUGGUGUUUUUAUGGAUGUUUCAGUAUUUUCCUUACUUCCUCCAAAAAUAUGCCUGUUAGGCUAAUCAGCGACUCUAAAGUGACCUGCUAUGAUCAAAUGAAGCAGCUCUUAAUCAGCUGCCAUCCCAUCCAGAGCUUGUGCCCAGUGCUGCCAUGCUAGACUGGAGUACCCAUGACCCCAUGAUAGUAAACUGGGUCUGGAGAACAGGCAGAAGUGAAUAACACACAGCAGCUAGAAAUAUGAGUCAAAAAACAUGGAGCUCAUUGUGCUCACAAGUAAGAAUCUAAUUAAACAUUGCUAACUAGUAGCUGAACAUGUCUUUAGGAUUCAUCUCCAAUGGUAGAUAUCUAUCAACAUAUUUCUACUGAACUAUGUAUAUAAGAUAUGGACUAAUAUUUUGUUUUGACAGUUCAGGGAUUAAAAUAGUUUCUAGCAAAUCUACAAUAAGAAACUGUAAAAAGCCACAUUUUCUGAAACAUUCUUAAAUACUGAAGAUUUUGACAAAUUUUUGGCCUUUUAAACCAAGAGGAUGUGAUGCUAGUUUGGGUUGAUGUUGGUUUUUCCCCCUCUGAGAAAGGCAAAGUGCAGUGUAUUUAUAAAAAAAAUUCUAAGAGAAAUAGUGAUACUCUAAGCUCCUGUCAAGAUUAAUUAAUAUUCAGAAAAUGUAUUAGAAAAAAAUAAUGUGUUGUAUUGCCUGUCUUAACCUCUACAUAGGUAGCCAGGGUGUCACUUGGGUCAGUGUCUGCAUUAACAAUAAACUUCCAUAAAUUCUGCUGAGAGCACACUAUACUCGCUCUAAGUGACAUCAAAAAUAUUUCCUUUGGACAGGCAUCAUGAGGAAAUGAGCACCAGAGGUCCAAAUAAACCCCCACCUUUGAUUGUCACCUCCACUUAUCCUCGUUUUAUUAACUCUCAUUCCACUCGUACUGCUUUUCAUGUCAUCAACUCCACCACAUGAACGCAAACAUGGGUUCUAAUGUUUAUCAGGGGUUUCUUUACUAACUCCUCUUGCUUUUGCUGCAUUAUAUUCUUGAAGAGCACCUUCCACCAGCCAUUAAUAAUACUACUUGAAUAUUUUUCUCCAGUUUUAUGAGUGACGUUUAUUGAUUUUUUUCCUUUGCCGAUACUUGCAUUAACACGCACAUCUUAAAAGAGG